AUGCCCGAGCAGUCAGCCGCCUGGCUGCGCUGGGCCCUCGGGAUGGGCGAGAGACGAAAGCUCGGCGAUGUCGCAAUGGACCUCCUGCUUUUUGCCGGCAUGGCUACUCAGAUGACAGCUGGCCUCUACGUUGCACGAAACUUCUUAAACCCCAUUCUCAGCAAUCUCGCCGAUCCAGAUAAAGAAAAGCACGAGCAGGCUCGACGCCAAGCAAAGGCUCACUUGGAGCGACUGAAUCGCCAUAGGAGGAUCGCCGAUGAUGAGGCGGGCGAGAACGGCGCAUCCAGGGAUGGCCCAUCCGUCGAUGACCUGGUUCUGAACGAGUACGAAAACUUGAUCGCACUGGAGAUGAUUGCACCAGAAGAUAUACACGUGGGGUUCGACGACAUUGGCGGGUUGGACAUGAUAAUCGAAGAACUGAAGGAAUCUGUCAUCUACCCUCUUACAAUGCCUCAUCUCUACUCGCAUGCUGCACCGCUACUCUCGGCUCCAUCAGGUGUGCUGCUUUUCGGACCACCGGGAUGUGGCAAGACGAUGCUGGCAAAGGCCGUGGCUCAUGAGAGCGGCGCAUCGUUCAUCAACCUUCAUAUUUCAACCAUGACUGAGAAGUGGUACGGCGAUUCCAAUAAGAUUGUACGAGCUGUGUUCUCGCUCGCUCGAAAGAUGCAACCUGCCAUCAUCUUCAUUGACGAGAUCGACGCAGUUUUGGGGACACGAAGAAGCGGCGAGCAUGAGGCCAGCGGGAUGGUCAAGGCCGAAUUUAUGACAUUAUGGGAUGGACUAACGUCUGCAAACUCGUCGGGCAUGCCAGCACGGAUUGUCGUUCUGGGAGCGACCAAUCGCAUCCACGACAUAGAUGAGGCGAUUCUGCGGCGCAUGCCCAAGAAGUUCCCUGUUCCGUUACCUGGCCUGCAGCAACGGCGGAGAAUUCUGCAACUUGUCCUCCAGGACACGAAGACGGAUCCGCGUCACUUCGACCUUGAUUACGUGUCGAACAUCACUGCGGGCAUGUCCGGUAGUGACAUCAAGGAAGCCUGUCGUGAGGCUGCCAUGGCCCCAGUGCGAGAAUACAUGCGGGAACACAAAGGAGAGAGGAGGCACAUGACAGCUGUAGAUCCCGGCCAGUUUCGCGGCAUCAGAACGGAAGACUUCUUUGGGCGACGAGGCGGACAAGCCCCCGAUGCUGGCCCCGCAAAAAGCAAUGGCGACUCACAGUUUGGCGGUAAAACUUAUGAGCAUGAGAAUGAAGACGCAGACAACCCCGUCGCUAGGGACCGCCUGUAG